UGUGAUUUCCGGUAACGUUGUCUAGGGAUGAUGUUGUAAUAAUGCUAAGCAGCAUGUAUGGACGAACUGAGAAGGUGGGAAGAGGCUCAGCGGAGCGGGGCCAACACACCACUGUGUAGGUGGGUGCGUGCGUGCGUGCGUGUGUGUGUGUGGCGAGGCGAAGGUCAUUACAGGCAGAAGGAGACCCCGGGCGGGGAGUGAUGGUCAGUCGUGGUGUGAGGGGCAGCGCGGGUAGGUCAGUCCCGCCUCGUCUGCUCUUAAGGGUGUGUCGUGUUUGUAGCGGCGAGGCGCCUUCAUGCACAUUGUGAUGCCACUGAGCGUGUCUUGUGCUGUGGUCCCCUUCAAGCGGUGUCUUGUGUCCCAUCAUACGCUGUGAUCCAGAACUGCACUAAGGGAACCAAAGUUUUUCAUGGGACUGAGUGAUUCGAUCACUCCAUUGAAAAUACUACAUGAACAAUAAAGUCUCACAGACACUUCUUGCUUUCGCUUUCCAUAAAUAUGAAAACUAGAGAAACGCCUCGGUAAUGGCCAGGUCUCGCAGUGUGCAAUUGCGAUAGAAAACGUUUGACGUAGCUGUUGUGACUGGUUCAAAUCUCUCCAGCGGCCGCUCUUGGAGCCAGCCGCCACUUUCUCCUUGAGAUCAUCGUCGUCAUUAUCAGAGGAGGAGACUGCUUACCCCUGGCCGCGUGUACAGAUGUUGUGAAGGAGAAGUAUGCGAGUGGCGAGCAUGCGCGAUGGGGGCAUGUUGAGGGCGGAGGGCUCCCUGGAGGCCCCUCCAGGCCACCACACCCUGGCCUCCCACACUCCCUACGCCGCCUCCUCCUCCUCCUCCUCCUCCAGUGCAGGAGGCGGGAGGGUCAAGGUGGUGAGACUCGUCCGGAGGAACGGCGAAUCCUACGGCUUCAGCCUGCGAGGCGGCCGGGAGCACGGCACCGGCUUCUUCAUCUCCCACGUCGAAGCCGGCUCCGAGGCCUUCCUGCAGGGACUUCGGGCUGGUGACCAGGUGCUGAAGGUCAACAACCUGUGCGUUGAGCAGGCGGUCCACAGGGAGGUCACUGCCAUGGUUCAGAGCAAGGCCUCCGUCUUGCUCAAGGUCAAGAGUGCCGGCAUCAUCCCCCUCAAAGAACACCGUGGAGACCCUCUUACAUGGCUGGUGGUGGACGAUGACGAGGACCUAUCAGAUCAUGGAACAGAUACUUACAGCCAGUCGCUUCCCUCCUCUGCAGCGCAUGAGAGCGAUUUGGAGUCUUUCCACCAUAUAAACCCCAGCACAUCACAUCCAGUGGCCGCCAACGACGGCUAUGCUAGGGUCUACCUCUCUUGUACUGCCAAAGUCGGCCUUGGCUGCAGCAUCUGCAAGGGCCCAGCAGAGAAACCUGGAAUCUUCGUGCAGAGUGUGAGGGUGGGUGGAGUUGCCAAAAAUGCAGGACUUCGGCCAGGCGACCAGAUCAUCGCCUGUAAUGACAUAAGCUUCACCCACCUUGAGUUUGCCGAGGCGGUGUACGUGCUCAAGUCUUCACCUCGCCUGGCCCUUGAUGUGCUGCGAGGUGCUGGCCUUGACCUAGUGGCUGGUGAAUCCUCUGGUUACAAUUCUUCAGCGUCGUCUGUGGCGGGGGACCAGACGCCUCCCUCUUCCUCCUCUGACCCAAGAGACAGUGACCACAGCAUUACUACCAGAUUGAGUGCUGUGAGUCGCCACCUGAACCUGGACCGGACACGGGGCUGGAGGGAGAUAGAGUCCGAGUGGGCAGAGGCUGAGGCCGAGGAGAAGAGGAGACAACUACAGUCCUCUCAAAAGACACUCAAGACCCGGGCUCAGCGAGAUGCAAGCCACAGACUGAGCUCUGUUGGCACUCGGUCCCUCAGUAACCUGAGUGCCGCGCUUAGAGAAGAAGAAGACGAACAACGUACAGUAUUCCGGGAUGGUUCCCCUCCUUACACACGCAGUGUGUCUUCCACACGUGCCCUCUUAAUGCCCACCCAUGCUCAUUAUAAGUCCACACUGAGAAGCACAAGGUCUAGUAAUGAUGUUACUGAGGACACAAAUCAUAAAAUAGCACUGGUGACUUCAGCGGAUCCCCACGUUAACAACAUUGUGGUGACAGGUGGUCCCAAAGAUGAAAGGGAUGCAGUGUUUCGUCUGGAUCAACUCUCCAGUCCCUCUGCUAGCAGGACGUCUACGCUAAGUAGUGGGACAUCCCAAGUAACUGUGAGAUCGUCCUCGGGCAGUGGGAGCUCACCAUCUAUAGGUAAGGCCAAAUCUUCGGUGGUGCCCGCAUCAGUAGUGGAGCAGCAAUUGCGAGAAUUGAGGGAAGAACAAAGACGUUUGAAAGAGGAAGCACACAGAUUGGCACAAGAGCGACGCAAAUUUGAGGAGGAGAAACGUCGUGGGCUAGAGAGAACCCAGAGUGCCCCAUUGGCCCCACUGGUGAUCACCUGUUCGGGGCAGUCCCUACUCUCACCACAUCUUCAGCCGCCCCCCAGCCCCACCUCAUCUAUAGGUAGUGGCCGACACACUACCAGGGUUCUCAUCAAGUCCCCACCACCGCCACCGCCACCUCGUAAAAACACCACUGCCUUAACUUCCCAUCAAAGCAACUUCCAGCCCCAUCAGGUAUCCCCACCAGCGUCCCCAGCACACAGCAGCAGCAGUAGUAGCGGAGUUGGUUCAUCCUGUGGAUCUGGUGCUCCACCACGACGCUGCAAGAGUAUUGGGUCAUUGUCAGCUAGCAGUGGUGAAAGUACAGUUUGGGAAGAUUCACCCAUUGCAAACCGUGCUCUGCUAGUCAAUACCCAUCCAACAUUCCGAUCCAAUAUGCCACCACCUACGCCACCAAAACCGCCUGCCCCUCCUAGUGCACACUCAAGUAGCAUCAAUGGCUCGCAAAUGUUAGUGGGUGUCCCUCCUCCACCUCCACCUCCUCCCCCACAGUCUACCUCUUCUUCCCCUCAACCUAGCUUAGCUGCUGCCCUAAAUAAAGAACUGGAGCGUCGCUCAGCACAGGAAGCUCAACAAGGGUUAAGUAGUGAGGACAAAACCAAAGCUCAGCUAAUUGAGGACAAAAUUGAUGCCUUUAAGAAAGACAAACCAAGAACGACUCCAGCUGAUCCUAAACGUGCUCAACAUGAUAAGUUAAUGGAAGAAUUCAAGCUUGCUCACAAGAAAAUGUUCAUCGCAAAAGAUGGUGCUAAUGAAGAUUGUAAAGAAGAAACAUGUGAAUCAAACAUACUAUCUCCACCCAAAGAUUUUAGAACACCACCUUCUCAAGUAGAAUUUUCUUCCAAAAUUAUAAGCAACAGCAGCAUAAAUCACAAUCAUGACCCAGUUUCCACUAAUAAUAAAGGGCUGCCACUCACUCAGAGCAAUAGUGUGGGUCUAACAACAAACAACAUCAAGUCUAAGUUUAUGCCUAAAGAGACAAGCAGCAGCAGCAGCACUGGUCGCAACAUUAAGGAGACUAUUAUCAUCAGUAGUUCUUCUGCAAGCAGCAAAAUAAGUUCAACAACACCAAUGGCAAGACAGGUACCUCUUCCUACUUCACAGUACCCUCCACCACCGCCACCUCCUCCGCCACCACCUCCUCUCCUAGGUUCUGUUAUUUGCAAAAAAAAUAUGUCGAAUGCAUCAGUACCUGGCCAUAGCAAAGCUAUUCACAUUUCACCUCAUGCAAAUUCCUCUCCAGACCUUUACCAUUAUAUUUCUAGGCCACAGUUAUUGGCCACUCCCAUUUCCAGCUGUCCCAACACUGUCUCUAGGCUUCAUUCAUCAACGUCAGGAGCCCCGCCCUUCCCGCCCCCCAUGCCCAGGACACUCACCCCGCUUCCCCCUGCUCAGUGGAAUGAGCGGUCAGGAGGCAACACCAACUCCCAUUCAUCUUCAGAGUCUUCUACAACAAGGAAAUCUCCACUGCGUCCAGUGAGUGUGGCCGUGAUGGAAGAGUUUAAGCCUGAAGACAAGACAUUACUUUCAUCGCGGGCUCCUAGUUCAUAUUUCGAACCUCCACGAGCAGGGUUAGGAAAGCCUCUAGUCUCCAUUGGUGCUUAUCCCUCACCAAACCAUAGACCAGCACCUCUCAAGAUGGACUUUCUAUCUGCAUCACGGAGCAAUAAUAGUGAACCCAGCGGAGUGAGUGUGGUUGAUAAAACGCCAGUAAAAGCAUGCCUACAGCAAGAACUUGUAUCUACUUUAUCUCGCUCAAAUUUGCGCCAACGUUAUACACCUAAAGAACUAUCCACAGAUCAUCCAUCAGUUUCCUCUAGUACUAACUAUACCAGUGCUCCAAACAGUGAAUCAAUUUCUACUGCUGCUCCUUCUUUCACUACUACAUCCAUUCAGAAUAAUGCCCCAAACCCUAAAGCAUCUUUAUCCACCAAGUAUCGUGGUAUAAGACAGGAUCCUCCUGUCACCAUUAUUAUGAAAGGUGAUUGCGGUAAGGAAAACGAGGCUCCCGAAUACCCUCCUACAGGCAUCUUGAAGCCCUCAGGUCCAGCUUCCACCAUCAGACCCCUGCAGAAGUCCAUAUCUUUUGGUGAUGUAACAACAGUAGGUGAGGACGAUCCCCGGACGUAGUACUUUACAGUACAAUUAUUGAGAAGUCUGUGAAUCUGCCUGAAUCCCUUCUAUGGAAAGGAAUGAGCUAUCAAAACUGUGCUGAUGCCAUAAAAGAACUUCAUGUCUUUCUUAGGUACUAAACAAAUAUUCAGAAAUAAAAACCCUUCAUACAUGUGUGUAUAUACUAGUGCUAUUAACUGUAUGGUCUAAAUAUUUUUGUAAUUUUGUGUAAGUACUUUAUACAGAUAUACUGUGUAUAUUCCACCACUAUAAUAAUUGUUUGGCAGUAAUCAGUAAUAUAUGUUUUAUUGUAUAAAGUACAAUAUAUAUAUACAGGUAUACAAAUUACUUUGAGUUUAGCUAUAAUAUAUUUUCAAUUCAGGUAAUUGUGCUGUCUCUUUUGGAAUAUUAUUACAGUAUUGUACUUGUUUGUGAUGUAAUUCCUCUAUAAGAAUCAUAUGUAUAUAUGAACAUAUUUUAUGGUUUGGACAACAAGUAUACUGUAGUAUCAUUUUAUGUACAUAUUUAUGUUCAGUAUUUACUACCGAGUAUUUCAAGUGUUCAUAAAUCUACACACACACAUAUAUUAGAAAUCAAUAUACACCUUGUGUACAUUAACAGUUCAGAUUGAACCAAUGAAAGGUUAUUCAUAAA